AUGUCUUCAAACAUUCAUACAUCACAGACUUUCACGUUUCAAGGAAAGACACUUCAGGAGGCUCUCGAAGAAGUUGCCAUGGCUAUACCUAUGAUACUGGCGCUCACGAUUGCCCCUGCUCUGUUAGGGACACAGGAGGCAAUCCGACAAAGCCAGUCCAAGAAUAAACGCGAAGAACACCGAGCUCGUCGCUGCAACCUUGUGGUUUCUUGCGUAAAACAGUCGAUAAGAAGUCGAGACAUCAAUGGGAAGUUAGUUGUGCUAAAGGAUAAUAAGCUCUAUAUUACGACUGGCGACUCAUCUACCGAAGGUGAUAAUACCAAUGCUGCAAAUACCGGGCAUCCAUUCGCAGGAUAUUAUUUACCAUACCCCGAUAAACCAUACGAGGGUCUAGUCAGCACCAUAAGCGACGACCCGCCAAUGCUAAACUGGAUAUAUGUUGAUAAGGACACCUAUGAAGUCAAAUAUGGCGUUAGAGCCGACGCGCAACCUCAUAUCACAGGGCCGUUCGAUUGCACCCGGCAGGACCGGCGCAUGACCCUAGAGGGAUGGGAAGGCUUCGCCGCAGUCGAGGAGUUCCCGGGUAUUUGGGCACUAUACUUUGACCGCGACGACGACGGCCUAAUUACCAAGGUCCCGAUGGGAACUAGAGUGCUCGAGGUAGAACUUACCCGACGUGAGAAAAAAGAACGCAAGCCUGAACCAGACCCGAAUCAGGCGCAGACGUUAGACGAGAAGAUGAAGCAGCACAAGGAGCAAACCCAAAGAGAGGAAGAAGAGAAGCAAGAAAUGCUUCGUAGUCAGCAACAGACUGAUGCGACUGAACAAGCAAAUCCAGAGCCGUUACAACAGGAUAGAGCUGCUACAGAGGAUCAGGCUACAGGAGAAGCAAACGUUGACGGCGCGCAGCUUGACUUAAGCAAGCUACACCUCGACCCCAACUCUCAUGCAGAACACACAUCUGGGACCAUCCCCCACUCACCUAGUGUAGCGACCGACAACAUCUCGUUUUGGUCUGCGGCGAGAAAAGCCGACGGUCUGAGCGAUACCGCGUCUGUCACUGCGGCGAGUUCUAUCACCGACAGACUCGAUACUCUUGAAGAACAAGCAGACGAAUUAAGUGGACCAGGGUAUAAGAAACCGUACGUUGAAGACGAGGUUGUCGCGGAGGAGCAUGUAAACAGUACAUAG